GAGGACACUGGCCCUAGGGAAAAGAGAAAGCUCCCGCGGCUCCACCCUCUCGCCAGCCUUCCUUCAGGCGCUUCGUUGCCCUGGCAGCGUGGGACAAGGCCCAGGCUGUGGCUGUAGCCACUCUUCCUUCCUCCAAAGGUUUCUGGUGGGUCACCAUGUUCCGGGGAAGACUCGGGAGCCGGGUGGGCGCCCUGGAGGAGAGGGCGCCUGUCGAGCUCCCAAAGGCGGCUGCUGAACCCGAGCGGGUUCUGCUUCGCGGCAUCUUCGAGAUCGGGAGGGAAAGCUGCGAUGUGGCGCUGGGCGAGCGGGCCCUGAGGUGGCGAAGCAUCCAGCCUGAGCUCCCGGCUGGUGGCGCCAGGUGUGAUCUGCUGGACAAAGAAGAGUCCCUUGAACUUGAAGACAUAUUCUCGGUGAAGCUGAAGCGACGCUGCUCCGUCAAGCAUCCAGGCAGUGGCACUCUGCUGGGCAUCACACUUUUCAUCUGCUUGAAGGAGCAACAGAACAAAUUAAAGGACUCCACGCUGGAUCUUAUUAACUUCAGUGAAGACCACUGUGACAUAUGGUUUAGACAGUUCAAGAAAAUCCUGGAAGGUUUCACGAGUAGGCCAAAGGCUCUCAAGAUCCUCAUCAACCCUCAGAGUCACAGAAAAGAAUCUGUCCAAGUCUAUUACGAGAAGGUGGAGCCUCUGCUGAAACUUGCGGGCAUAAAGACGGACGUGACAAUAACAGAAUAUGAAGGGCAUGCCCUGUCCCUGCUUGACGAAUGUGAACUCCGGGAAUUUGAUGGUGUUGUCUGUGUUGGUGGAGAUGGAACUGCGAGUGAAGCCGCACACGCUUUGCUUCUUAGAGCGCAGAAGAGUGCUGGGGUGGAGAUGGACUGCUCCCUGACUCUCCCGACUCUUGUUGGAGCAGAGCUUCCGCUUGGCUUCAUUCCAGCAGGAUCUACUAAUGUAUUGGCAUAUUCUCUCUUUGGAACUCCUCACGUGGUGACUGCAACCAUGCACAUUAUAUUGGGUCACAUACAGUCAGUGGAUGUCUGCACCUUUAGCUCUGCUGGCAAGCUUCUUCGCUUUGGGUUUUCGGCCAUGUUUGGCUUUGGUGGAAGGACCUUGGCUUUGGCAGAAAAAUACCGAUGGAUGCCCCCUAGUCAGCGGAGAGACUUUGCUGUAAUCAAAGCAUUGGCCAAACUUAAGCCAGAGGAUUGCAAAAUAUCAUUUUUACUAGCAGGUUGCUCUCAGAAUGAACAAGAAAGAAAAGCACAGAUAUCUUCAGAAUCUGACUCUGGUGGUCACUGGCAAAUCAUCCAAGGACAGUUCUUGAACAUCAGCAUCAUGGCAAUCCCCUGUCUGUGUUCAGUGGCACCCAGAGGAUUUGCACCUGACACCAGAUUAAAUAAUGGAAGCAUGGCUCUUAUAGUUGUACGGAACACCACUCGACCCGAAUUUGUAAAGCACCUGAAAAGAUACUCCAGUGUAAAGAAUCAGUUCAAUUUUCCCUUUGUGGAGACUUAUACCAUUGAAGAAGUAAAAAUUCAUCCAAUGAGUAAUAGCAAUGGAAUCAGUCCACAGGAGGAGGAUGGAAACCAUGCAACUGUUUCAGAAAAUGGGUUUCCUUGGAAUGUAGAUGGUGACUUAAUGGAAGCUGCAUCAGAGGUUCACAUUAGGCUGCACCCAAGACUGAUAAAACUCUAUGGAGGAAGCCUGGAAGAAAUGAAUGAUUCCAAAGUAGCAUGUAAUUGCAUAUAAAAGAAGUGUGCAAAGUAGAAAUUUAUCAUGAAGAAAUCUGGCAUGUAACAUAUAUACAAAUAGAAAAUGCAUUUUAAUGAAGAUAUCUAUUUAAUAUCAUUAAAGUAUCUAUUUUAAUGCAAUUAAAAUAUUUUAAUAUAAU